AUGACCACCUAUAAGCUAGAGGAGAAUGAUUGGUUAUCUGAUUUGUAUGAUGAAAGGCAUAUGUGGGUCCCAGCUUUUAUGAAAGAACACUUUUGGGCGGGUAUGAAGACAACGCAAAGGGUCGAAAGCAUAAAUAGUUUCUUCGACGGGUUUGUUAAUCGGAAAACAAGGCUGUAUGAAUUUCCGGAGAAGUACACAAGGGCCAUGGCUAGGCGUGUGAAAGCUGAGAAUGAGGCAGAUGCUAGGUGUGGGAAAUAUCGUAGACGUCUUGAGAUUCAAAUUGAGUGUUGUCGACUCAUGCAUUGCUCCGGGAGGGAAGAGCGUGAUUUGGGAGGGAACAUUAUUCAAUAUCUACUUGAAGACAGGGUUUGGAUCAUUCCCGAAGGCGAGAGUGAAGAGGUGAUCACUGAUAGGAGGAGAUUCUAUUCUGUACUCUUUAAUACAGUUACAAAGGAGGUCUCUUGUGAUUGUAGGAAGUUUGAAACAUUCGGGAUUCUAUGUAGGCAUGUCAUCCGAGUCUAUGAUAAAAAUUUGGUGUUUGAUAUUCCACCCAAAUAUGUUCUCCGGCGCUGGCGAAAAGACGUAAGUAGGAAACAUACUCGGGUGAAGGUGGCUUACCACGAUCCCACUGAGAAUGUGGCUGUUCAGACUUACAAUAACUUGAUGGCAGAGUUCCUGUCCAUUUGUGACCUUGCUUCUUCUGUUCAGGACAAGGCUACAGUCGAUCUAGUUGCGCAAUCUAUGCAAAAACUUCCUUUGGAAGUUCAGGCAAUUGACACCCAUGGGUCAGUUUCUAAGCCUGAGGUGGAAGAAGGGAACACCAGUUUACAAACAGCAGUGAAGGAUCCUAUAUCCAGGAAGAAGCCUCGAGGGAGACCUAAGGGAUCAAGGCAUAAAUCUCUUGCAGAGACGGGAUACAAGAAAAACAGUGUGAAAAAAGGAAAAAACAUUGCUGGAACUCAGAUGGACCCUGCUGUCCAGCAACCAACUGCAGUCAAGCUACCAAGGAAAAGGACACAAGUCCUCCAACAACAGAACACCAUUGAGAACUAUUACGAUUUUGUUGAAGACGAUGCUGUGGGUGGUGAUGACAUUCUUAUGAGAAAUGGUCUGGGAUGGUCUGGUCCCUCUGACACCUUUUAA